AGCACCAAAAGAAGCCGAUGGGAAGUCUUCUCUCUCAGUCUCCUCUUUAAAGCCAUUUGUCUUCUUUACUCUCUCACUCCUUCAUCGCAUCUCCUCCAUUGUUGCUUUGAACGAUGGUUCUCAAAUGGAAGAUGAAGGGCUUCGGAUUCCGACCAACAGACCAAGAACUCAUCGAAGAUUACCUCAACUACAAGAACCUCGGCGACGAUACCCCUGUUCAUGAAGCUAUUAACGAAAUCAACAUCUACAGGUUCGAUCCCUGGGAUUUGCGCGGGCAAUCGAAGAUCCAGUCCGAAGAUGAUCAAAUCUGGCACUUUUUCUCUCCGAGGAACACCAAAUACUCGAAGAGCAAAAGGUCUAACAGGAAGACGGAGAAUGGGUAUUGGAAGGUGACUGGACGAGAUCGCAGCAUCAAAGGGACGAGCAAAAAGGUGAUCGGUACGAAGAAGACGCUGGUUUUCUACAGAGGUCGUGUUCCCAGUGGCAUCAAGACUGAUUGGGUUAUGCACGAGUACCAUAGCUCUGCUCUUACUCCCGACAAGGGAAUCUAUGUUCUUUGUAAGGUGAUACAUAAGUCGAAAAGUGAGAUUUCUGUUUCAUCUGGUGGUGGAGCUGAGCCUAGUCAUCCUCUACCUUGUGUUUCUGAGGAUCAUGUGACAACAGAACAGACAUUUGAGACCAUUGGCCAAGCAGAGGAAACUCCUAAUUCUGUAUGCAACACCGGUGGAUUUGACACUGAUUUGGGUCUAAUGUGGGACGAGCUCGAUGAAGAAAGCCCUAUGCUUGACUCAAUAUUGCUGAAUGACUUCAGCUUUAUCGAUAAUAUUCCUCUUCUGUCUGAAUUUUGCUCUCCUUUGGAAGACUUAGAGGUUGAAACCCAAUCCAUGCCUCAGUUUGCAAAUUCAGUGUCGGCUAACCAUUCCUCUGAAACUGUCCAUAGUCAAAUGCAGUCUGACUUGAUCACAUGGUCCUGUCCUGAUCAUAGCAGUAACAUAGAUAGUGAAACAGUCUCCUUAUGGAUGAACCAAUGCUCUCCUGGAGCCUCUGCUGGAGAGCGUUCCUUCAACACAAAGUAGACCACUGAAUCCGACCUAUAGGAGAUAUCAUUACUCGAUGCUGUGAUGAUAUAUAUUACGGAGCGUAUAUUAUUGCAACUCUGAGUAAUGAUAUUUGCUAUAGUCGGGUCGAUCAAAGUUGAAAGGUUUUGCCUGAUUGACGUCUUGCUCAGGUCAUCAUCCAGAAUAUUGAAGAAGUUCGGGGCUUGGCUGAUGACGAUUCAGCAAAAUCUUUCAACUCUAUCAAUUUAAUCGCAUCAACAACUCUGAAGGAGAAAUUUCUCCACUUCGAAAUCGAGGGCAGGAGAAAUUUAUCAAUUUCUACAAGGAAAGUUACUACUCCGUAAAAAUUAUCUCAGCAUCAAGCAUGGAAGAAUCUUCCAACGCAGCUACGUCUUUGUAAUCUCUCAAUCAACAUUUCCCAUCGAUGAACCCCUGAAGCAGAAAUUCAGGCAUCAAGAAACUGAGGUCAGAAGAUUUCGGAAAAUGUUCGGGAAUCUUCAACUUCAAGAUCUACAUUUACACUCAAGAUUUCUCCCGAAAAAAGGAACUGUACACCAGAUGGGUGUACACUUCAAACAUCAACUUAUGGACACUGUCCAGACGAUACAAUCUUUCAUGUCGAGGUUGGCAAAUCGCAUCAGUACCUUGGAAAGAGAUGCUUCUCCAUUUCCAAGGUAUCUUUUUGCCGCACCAGACAAAGAAGGAUGAGUUCAGAAGAUUUCAAGUUUCUGAAACCUUGAGCAGAAGGCGAAGCUGAAACCUUUCCGAGCUCUACUCGAAAAAUUUAUCCAAUUCUACUCGAAACCACACCCAGACCAGACAUCCUUAAUAAAAUUGUAUCUUGGAAACUUCAUCUGCAACCACAUUCUCCUACAUUGAAGCACAAGGAGACAUUUCAUGUUGGCUGAUAAUUCAGAAAGCUUGCCCGGAUGUCCUCACCAGCUCCUGUACUGGAAUUAGGGUUCAUCAGGUAAAGUCUGAAAGAAAAAAAACACAGCACAUGAGAAGUGAUCUUCUUUGCUCGUAUGUGUUUUGCAGAUAAAAAUGGAUACUCAUGCUUGCUUGGAAGUAUCAGUAUUCCGUAUUCCAAUUAGUACGAAACAUCAAACUUGUUCUUUCUUUUUCAUAUUUGCUUGUCUGAAACAAGCGUGUUCUUAUGUAACCCUGGAGUGUAUUAGACAUUUGUAAUAGACGUAAGAAGUGUGUUAACUGAUCUUUGAGUUUGUCCUCUCUCUCUCUGUUGGUUCUUGGUUUCGACUUUAACUCGGAAUCUUUGCAUGGUGAUGGAAGCCA